UGGUGUCCGGUCUCGGCCUCUCUGGCUCGCCGGGGUCGGCGGGCUCCUCCUCGAUGGGCGCUGCGGUGGUUGGUCCUGCAGCCCCGGCUGCCCCGACACUUGAUGCUGGGUGGCACAAGCCAGGGCCUUCUCGCAAGGCGAUGUGGUGUCACCGGCGUGCGCUGCGGCGCCAGCAGGGGGCUGGCGCGCAGGAUGGUCGGGCCUCUCCUACCUCGUCCGAGCGGCGUCAGAUCCCGCCGGACCUUUGGGGCCUCUGUUUCAGAUGUUUCGGGGAUGGUCACCGUCGGCAGGAUUGCACGAACGACCCCAUGUGCAUUUGCUGCGGUCUUUCUGGUCAUGUCUCCUCCCAGUGCAAGAAGCCGCGCAGCCCCAUCUCGGCAGAUGAACUUCGUCGCGAGGUAAUCUCCAAGGUCGCCAGGACAGGGCCGUUGCCGGCGUUGCUGCCCAGUAUGGGGGGGUUUGCUGAUGGAGCCUAGGCAGGACGCACCGCAGGUGCCGUCCUUGCCAGUUGCGCCCAGCUUCCCUCCCAUCGUGCCCGCCUACGCGCCCGCGGUCCCGGCGGCGGAGGUCUGCAUCUUGCCGCGCUCGGAGGGGAUGGAUGACCUCGAGCGCAGGCUGCAGUUGGCCGUGGUUGCAUAUGUUGGGGGGCCGCGGCCGCCGGUUUCCUGUGUGGAUGCGGCCAUCGCCAUCUCGGAGCAGCUUAACAUCCCGCGUCAUCGUUUCUCGGUUCACAAGUUUCACCCGGAGGACUUCCUUAUCGUGUUCGCCUCGCGCGAUCUCCGGAACAGGGCGUUGGCGGUUCCGUCCGUGGAGCAUCAGGGCUUCAAGCUUUUCAUCAAGCCAUGGUUGAGGCAGGCACAGGCCAAGUCUAGACUGAUGCGUGUUCAGGUCGACCUGAUGAUCGAGGGUGUCCCUUCCCAUGCUUGGGCCAGAUCAAUGGCGGCGGAGCUGCUGGGCAGUUCUUGCCUGAUUGAGAGCCUAGCGCCGGGGACUAAAAGUAGAGAAGAUCUCUCUCUGUUCAAGCUGCGCUGUGACGCCCGGAUAAUCAAGCUACAGUAAACCUCUGCUAAUGGUGCCACG